AUGUGGAAUUCCGAGCGUUCACACGCGAAUGGUGGAGGCGCCGGUUCGUCCACGAAAACACUCGGCAUGACGUCGGCCAUUAGUACAGCCGAACCAAAACCGGAAGAUUUCCAAAAAACGAAGGAGCUGGAAAAAAGCUUAGAACCUUACAAUGUGUUUGAAGCAGAGGCGGAACUGAAUCACCGGAUGGAAAUUUUGGCCAAGCUUAAUACACUCGUCAAACAAUGGGUGCGUGACGUCUCGGUAACAAAAAACAUGCCCGAAGCGAUGGCAGAAAAGCUAGGGGGAAAAAUUUACACCUUCGGCUCCUAUCGACUCGGAGUGCACCAUAAGGGUGCUGAUAUCGACGCCUUGUGCGUAGCCCCACGCAACAUUGAGCGAUCCGAUUACUUCGGAUCGUUCUUCGAGCUGUUGAAGCAACAACCCGAAGUCACCGAGUGUCGAGCUGUGGAGGAAGCGUUUGUACCUGUUAUAAAGAUGAAUUUCGAUGGUAUUGAAAUAGAUUUGCUCUUCGCGAGGCUGGCGUUAAAGGAAAUUCCCGACAAUUUUGAUCUGCGUGAUGACAUACUGUUGAAGAAUCUGGAUCAAAAGUCUGUCCGCAGCUUGAACGGUUGCCGCGUGACGGAUGAAAUUUUGCGGCUCGUACCUAACAUCGACAAUUUUCGCCUUGCUUUGCGGACGAUUAAACUUUGGGCAAAGAGACAUGGAAUUUAUUCCAACUCGCUUGGCUAUUUCGGUGGUGUUUCUUGGGCUAUGCUGGUUGCUCGCACUUGUCAGCUGUAUCCAAAUGCGGUAGCCGCUACAUUGGUGCAUAAAUUUUUCCUCGUAUUCUCUCGAUGGAAGUGGCCCCAGCCCGUGUUGCUUAAGCAGCCCGAUAACGUAAAUCUCGGAUUUCAGGUCUGGGAUCCUCGAGUAAAUGUUCAAGACCGGUUCCACCUGAUGCCAAUCAUUACGCCAGCCUAUCCGCAGCAAAACUCCACAUUCAACGUUUCUAGCUCAACACGCAAAGUAAUGUUAACUGAGUUCAAUCGUGGUAUGCAGAUAACGGACGAUAUUAUGAUGGGCAAGCAGACGUGGGAAAAGUUAUUCGAAGCACCGAGCUUUUUCUACCGGUAUCGUCAUUUUAUCGUAUUGCUAGUGAGUUCCAGCAAUGCCGAUGAUCAUCUGGAGUGGUGCGGUCUUGUUGAAUCCAAGAUACGGUACCUGAUUCAAAAUUUAGAACGCAACCAGCACAUCAACUUGGCACAUGUGAAUCCAAAAUGUUAUGAGCAGCAUGAGCAGAAUUCUGGCACCACAUUAAACGGGGCGGAUGGCAAACCGACCGCGUUCUGUUCACUCUGGUUCAUUGGGUUAGAAUUUGAACGUUCCGAAAAUUUAAACGUCGAUCUAACCGAAAGUAUACAAAACUUCACUGAUUCCGUACACAAGCACGCGGUACACAUCAAGUUAUUGAAGGAUGGCAUGAAAAUAGAAGCCAGACAUGUUCGCCGAAAGCAGCUGGCACAAUAUCUCGAUCCGAACCUAUUGAAGCGUGAAAGAAAAAUCUCCGACAGCUACACGCAGUCGAGCAGCGCCGGAGGCAGUGGAAACAACAACGGCUCUGCUUCGCCAGCGGAUGUUGCUUCUCGCAAACGAAAAUCCACCGAUAUCUCGUCUAACGCUACUACUCCUCUUAGCAGUCCUGCUGGUAUUUCGGCGAUGGGGGCCAAUGGCAGUGCAAGCAAAAAGCGUCGAAACGAUUCCUUCGAAGGAGCUUCAAAUAGCAGUUUCUGUAGCACAUCAUCGACAGUAAUAGGAAUGGCCACCGAAAAUACCUUCAUAGAAGCAGACGAUGCGACAGCCAUCAGCGAUCAUAAUGUCAGCAAUCACACCUCAUCCUCAUCUCCUAAGCUAUCCGCCUCCACCUCCCCUUCAUGUCCAGUAAACGGCGCAGAGGUAGACACUAAUGAUCCAUCGACGUCAUCAAUAGAUCCCGCUGCUAGCGGCGAUAUAAUCGAGGAGGAGAACUCUUACGAAGCGACGAAAUCGACACUUCACGCUAGUAGCAAUCCUCGCAGCAGCAACAGCAGCACCAGCAACAAUGGUAGCCCGAAUCCGGCCCCUGCUGCGGCAGCAACCGAGGUGGCCUGCUCAUGA